AUGUUUUAUUCUACUUUCAUGAAGGCAACAAGAAUUCGAGAAGCAUUUUGCCAUGGUUUGUGGUCGCCUACUAAGUCUGACUUUCUUUUUUCUCUUAACUGUCUUUCCCUGAAUGAACAACAAGUAGCUUUGCGUUUCGCUUACCAACGAGAUGUACUUAGUUCUAUGGUUGGAAAGCUACUUAUCCGUCGAACGGCUGUACGAUACCUUGAAAUUUCUACACAUGAUGUUAAACUAGAACGUUCUCCGGAAGGAAGGCCAUAUAUUUUGGGUUAUUCUGAUGUGUUGGACUUCAAUAUUUCACAUGGUGGCGACUUCACCAUAAUUGCUGCAACUUCUGAGGGCCGAUGUGGGACUGAUGUCAUGCCUAUAGAACUGCCAGCAUUUCAAAGGUCCGUAAAUGACUUCGUUUUGAAAAUGAAGGAUAUAUUUUCCUCUACAGAAGUGAACCGUAUUUUAUCUUCUGGGUCUGAAGCUGAAAAAAUGAGAAAAUUUUAUGAACAUUGGUGUUUUAAAGAAGCUUAUGUUAAAGCUUUAGGAUGUGGACUUCGUAUCCCCUUAAAAACAAUAGAAUGCCAAUUUUCUGACGGUGGCAAUGAAUUGUCGCUUGGUAAUGAGCUCAUAAAUCAGCCAGAUAAAAAUUGGGCCUUUGAAAAACAUAAUCUACCUCAAAAUCAUCUGGCAGUAGUUGCUUGGUCUGAAAAUACAUAUGUGGAGGCCAAAACCAGUACCUCAUUCUCCCAGCUGACAUUUGAACAGUUAGUGGAUAAGUUAGCAGUCCUAUCGCCUGUAGAUAAUACUGCUUGGGAUCAAUUUCUGGGGAAGCCUCAUUCACCACCAUCAUCUCGUCAACGAAUUCAAGUUAAUUAA